AUGCCGCAAACCGACGCGUACACAGAUGUGGUGGAGUUGUGCGCCUUGCUGCAAUGCUUGGGGUUCAGUGUGAAAUCCCUGGACACUAGUGAUGGGAAUGUGAGUCACGAUGCCGGGCUGCGCACCGUUGUUAUUAAUUGUCAGUCGUCAGGUCUGCAUGUGGUGCUGGAAAACCCUAGCCUCUCCUGUUCAUGUCCAACGUCCGGCCACCAGCAGAACAGUGGUAUUUGGCAGGUGUCAGGAGUGACGGGAGGAAAACAACUUGAUAAGGAAUUUGGGUGUACACUAUUGGGUUCUUUGCCAAAGAGCCACCGUGAUCGCCUUACGAAAGAACUACAUGAUAUAAUCAGAUGUAUCAAACAACACAACGAAUCAGAUGUUGAUACACCCAAAGAUGCGCUUGCUAAUAAGUCUGCCAGCAUGAUCGAGUUGAAAACGCCAGACAAAAUUACGACCAAUAUAAAAGCUGAAACACCUACACGAUACCGGUCUUUAGAUACCCUCAUCGCCCCAAUCAAGAAGUCUGAACAACCAUUCCCUACUCCUGGUAUUUUACAACGAGCCAAUCUGAUCGAUGCAUCUGCCGACAAUGGAACUGACAAUAAGAAACAAAUGAUGUGUAGCAGACAAAGCACUUAUACACUGUCAUCAACGCCUGGCAGCGUAAGAAGACGUAACAAGACUUCAAGUCCCAUAAAAAGUUCUUCUCAAAGGUUUAUACUGGACAGUCUUAUCGCUGCUGAAAAAGUAGCAGAGGAUCUCCAUUCUAAGCUCACAUUAAUUAUUAGGGAAAUCAUGGAGGAGGACAAUCACAAUUCGUCUAUUUCAUCAUUAGCUCUCGACGUUUCUAAGAUUUCUGUGCUUAAGGUUGUAGAACCUAUAAAAUCACAAUUCGCGUCGAGUCCCAAUCUAUCGGCCAUUGGACAUGUUAAAGAAGACUUGGUAAAAAGUUCUCUUAAACGGUUUGAAAGUGCUUCGACGUCGAAUCUCGCGCCUUGUAAGUCCUCAACAAAGGAAAGCAGCAUCUCAAAACUACGUCGUAUGUCACCUAAUUUCUUCAAAAGCAAGGAGACGUCGGGUGUUAAAACUGAAAAAGGGAAGUCUCAAGAUACCAGAAGUAAAUUCCAGAGUCUGUUAAAACCAAAAAUAGUAACCCCAGUACGCACUGCAAGGAUGACUGCAGAAUCAAGCCCGAACCUAAGCUCAUCAUCUAAGAAGAAAUUUAGCCAUGUAAAAUCAACUAUACCAAGACCUAUGAAGAAAGAAUAA